CCGGCUCCUUUGCUCAUAUUUGGACUCGGUGCCCGCGCCCAGGAAUUUCCCGUCAUGCCCCGGCCGCCGCCCGCAGCCGGGAGGGAGCUCGGGCUGGACGCGGCGCUGCCGGCCUGUCCUCGCGCGCGGACCCUCCGCGCCGUCCGCUCUUGCCCCUGGUUUGCCUGGAGAAGACACCACAGUGAUGUCUGCGUUCAACCUGCUGCACUUGGUGACGAAGAGCCAGCCAGUGGCCCUCCGAGCCUGCGGCCUUCCCUCAGGGUCAUGUAGGGAUAAAAAGAGCUGUAAGGUGGUCUUUCCCCAGCAGGAGCUGAGGAAGCGGCUCACGCCCCUGCAGUACCAUGUCACUCAGGAGAAAGGGACAGAAAGUGCCUUUGAAGGGGAGUAUACACAGCACAAAGAGCCCGGAGUCUAUAGAUGUGUUGUUUGUGGGACCCCAUUGUUCAGGUCAGAAACCAAAUUUGAUUCCGGUUCAGGUUGGCCUUCUUUCUACGACGUGGUGAGUUCGGAGGCCAUCGUGUGCACGGAUGACUUCUCCCAUGGCAUGCACCGGGUGGAGACCAGCUGCUCCCAGUGUGGAGCUCACCUCGGGCACAUCUUCGACGACGGGCCUCGUCCAACCGGCAAAAGAUACUGCAUCAAUUCGGCAUCCCUGUCUUUCACGCCCGCAAAUGGCCACCGAGGUGCCGAGGGAGGCAGUGGGGGCGGCAGCCCAGCUGCCCAGGUGGACAGAGCAGAGCUGUAGAGUGACGGGGUGAUGCAGCCAGAGCACGCUUAACGUGCAGCUUAGUAAAGAGAUCAGAGCUGUUUAUCUCUGCACUUAGUAAAGAGAUGAGAGUUGUUUAUCUCUAUAGAUGUAUUUUUUCAGGAACUAUAAGGGCAUCUUGUGCUAUGCAUAUUCUUCUUCUGCUUAAACAAAGGCCUUGGCCCUCGUUCUGCUGUUGACUAGAUCAGGAACUAUUCACAGCUUCAGCGAGAGAGCCGGCGUGGGGAGACUCUUCCCAGGCCACUUGCACAGCCUGGCAUUAUUCUCUUUGCACACACAGUGCUUUUGCAUCCCCACCUUGACUGAGAGGCAGUGGGUUCUGGGACGUCAAAUGGGAUUUCAGAGAUCUCCUAGGCAGCGUGGAGGCCGGGUCUGGGAAGUGCAGGGUGCAGGGUGCAGGUAUGGCCGGAUGCGUGGCCUUGGGCCUGGGACAGACCCACCUCGGCCGAGCAUGGGCUUGUCUCGCAAGGCCUCUCCGCUUGUGGAAAGUUUGAGCUCACUAAAAGGGUGUGAAGGUCUAAAGCCUUUCCUUAUGUUAAAUUGUUGCCAGAUCUGAGGGGAACGCUGAGUGUUGUGGCAGAGAAGUAAACAUUACCUCACCUGCAGCCCUUUACUUUACUUUCCAUUGAGAACAUUGGGAUGUAAGACAAGCGUAAGACCUUGAGCUCCGUUUUGUCCAGAGUUCACCUGCUGGGAAGUCCCCUCUCCACACCUAUGGCCACUGCAGCCGGGAGGCCCUGGGCCAGACCCACUGUGUAAAGUAAAACAUCGGGGAGCCCAGGCUUCAUCGGGGCUGCAGGGAUGAGAGCAGGCAGGCCAAGGGUGAAGCCUGGCCCAGGACAGUCCUGCUGGGUGGAAGAGCUGGUGGAACGCUGUGAGCAGCAGACAGAGCCUUGGUCGCGACUGCUGGGAGAUGUGGGGGUUAAAAGGGAAACAGCCAGAAGCCCCAGCUCUGCACUCACCCUUGUCUGCGGUGUGACCGGGGGCAGCCGCCCAGCUUCUUCGUGCCUAUCUCUUCACAUACAACUGGGACUUGGGAUCUUUGGAAAAUGUACCAACAUUCUCAGGGUGAAGUUGCUAUGUCACUGUACAAUCAAGGUCAGUUUGGGGAAAUCAAACUGGUCUGGCUCCGCAACUGCCGCAGGGGCCGGAGCCCAGGGCUGGAGAUGGGAAGGAGCGGGAGGCUGGCUGAGCUAUGUGGACAGUCAACCAGAGCGGGAAGUGUUGGUGGCACCGGGGCGGCUGUUUGGGAGGCCCUGCUCAGUGGCUUCACCUCGUUUGUUACGGCGGGGUGGGUGCCACCGUGCCGGGCAGGUCCUCUCAGGGGCUGCGGUGACAGAGGUGCAACAGUCACGGCUGGUGUCAGGGGUGUGUGACCUGUGUGCUCUGUGUCCGAAGCUCUGAAUGCUAAUCAUGAAAUGUACUUUUUAAAAAAAUGUUAUUUUUGUAAAUCUUUGAAAGCUCUUGAAGACUGGCAUCUCUCCUUCUAAACUUCAAGACAAAAGUACGAUAGAGGGAGGGACACUCAGUAAUUCUAGAGAAAUGAGAACUGGGAUGAAAAGUCAUGUGUCUGUGUCUGCGUUCCUCCCCCUCUCCACCGCGCCUCUGGGGAAGGCUGGGACUCCGUACAGCUUGUCACCUGAAUGUCCUCCUGCACCCUCAGCUCCAAGAUGUCUCACCCCAGGCCCUGGGGUCGCUCUGGAAUCACAGGCUUCACUACUCUCCAGAAAUGAUGUGUAAGUUUGAGACCAGGCAGGCGUUAGCACCAGACAGCCCUGGGAGUCUUACCUGGCCUGCAGCCCUGGCAGCCUGAGCCCCGGCCUCAGGCACAGCGCUGCUCCACCACGGGCUGACCCAUCGCCUGCCCAGGGGCCUGGGCGUACAAGCUGCUGCAUUGGAGCAGACGUGAAAAACCAAAACGAGAGACAUCUUCCCCUUGAGAAUGGAUUGUCCUUGUUCCUUCAUUUUUUGUAGGACUCAACUUCCCACAAAAGGCCUUUGUAUAGAUCUUUUCUAACCCUUAGUCUUUGUUCCAAGAAAAGCGAGGUUUUCUUCUGCCACGUUUUCUAGCAUCAACUUUAAGAAAAAUGCAACAUCCGUUGGAAAAAAAAAAUGGGGUACAUGCAUGUGGUUUAAUUCUGGAUUGCUUUUGGGCUUAAGUGGUAUCAAAUUUCCGUGCAUUUCUGUCUUAUGUUAAAGAAAUAUAUUACUAAAAUGUCAGUGAGCAAUAAUGCCUGCCGUCGAGCACGAGAUUUAUUUUUGCAGGAUAUGGAGUUCAGUGAGCUGGGUCAACAUGGCGAGGUGUGUGUGAUCUGUGGAAGUCGCUGCUUAGCAGCGGAAGUGCACGAGGUGCCCUCUCUGGGACACGCAGGACUGUCCCAGUGCGGCCGAGGCACCCCCUUCUCUGCCCUGUCAGAGAACAUUUCUAUGGCUUUAACCUCUUCACUUCUUAGAUACAUUUAAAUUCCUAAACAGACGAUGUAGCAAUUUGAAAACCUCUCCAGGUUCAUUAUGUUUAAAAUGUCUUGUUUUAAAUAUGAAAAUGAAGAAGGGGGAUUACCUUUUGUUUUGAAGGUCAAAUAUUUUUGCCUUAGACAGCUUUUUGUAAUAAUUUUUCUCCAGACAGUUCAAAACUUUUGAAAAAUGACGUGAAAUUUUCAUUAAAAAUCCUUUUCCUAUGUCUGUUGUAUACAGAAAUUAUACAAUAAAAUGUCUUUAU